AUGGAUUUAAAUUUUAUUAAUAAUGAGGGUCCAUCGACGUACCCAGGGAUGGGAUUGUUUAGUACUUUACGUUCGCUUCACAAUGUUAAGAGUUUUGCAGGGGUACGAGGUCCUACUGAAAGAAUUGAGAUGGAUCAUGCUUUGAAAAGAUAUAUGUUUAAAUUGUUAUACUUUGUUGCAUUAGACAAUGGUAAAGAUAUUCCACUCUUAUUCCCUGAUUCUAAGACUGAUUUUAAAAAAUUGGAUGAACUUUUAGCAACAUCUUCAUCUGAGGAAACUGAUUUUUAUAGAAUGAGAAAUUCACAAAUGAAUAAUAAACAUUCGUUUAAACAUACCGGUAGAAAUUGUGGUAGGAAAUUUAAAGUCGGAGAACCUUUAUAUCGAUGUCAUGAAUGUGGAUUCGAUGAUACGUGUGUUCUAUGUAUCCAUUGUUUCAAUGCAAAGGAUCACGAAAAUCAUCAUAUAUAUACUGAUAUGUGCAAUGAUUUCACUACAGGUAUAUGUGAUUGUGGUGAUGAAGAAGCUUGGAAUGAAGAACUACAUUGUAAAGCUAAUGAAAAGAAUUCGAAUGAUGAGGAUAAUAAAGAUGAUUCUAAGGAAUCCACAGAAGAUUACAAAUUUAAUGAAGAAAUGAUUGAAAUGGUAUUGACUGAAGCAUUUAAUUAUUUCUUAGAUGUAUUUAAUCAAAAUAUUGAAUCAUUACCAACUUUUACUAAAGAUAUUACAAUGACUUUAAGACAAUUAGUUCAAGAGAAAAAAAUCGAUGAAGUGAAAACUUUCCUAGAAGAUUUUAAAUAUAAGAACUUAUAUACUGACGAAGGAAGUCAGGAUCAAUUCGUGGUCAUGAUCUACAACGAUGAAUAUCACAAUUACUCUCAGGCUACAACAGCAUUAAGACAAGGUUCUCCUGAUAAUGUUCACACUGAUAUCCUAACUUCGAAGAUUGACAGUGAAGGUAGAGCAAUGUUGAAAUGCUCCGAUGAUGUAGAGACUUUAAUGGCAGGCUUCUUUGCUGUUCAGACUAAUGGUUUGUGUGCAACUUUAACUUCAUGGUCCGAAUUCAUCCAUCAGGAAGCAUGCAAAUAUAUUAUCCAAUGGAUGGCUCAUUGUUUAACAAUUCCUAAUUCAAAUUUCCAAUUGGUCUUCAGAGAUGUCUUAGGAAAAGUUUUGACUGGUGAAGAGAAUUGUUUAAAACACUCGGAAGGUCCUCUUCCUAACAUUCGUCAAUAUUUCCCAAACAAACUGGUUCAGUUGACUCAUUCUCAUAACUAUUUGGAUUUAUCUAUUCUUAAUAAUUUUAAUAGAAUCCCACAAGGUCAUCACAAGGUAUUACCAGAGUCUAGUUUACAUUCAAUAUCAAAUACAUUGAAUAAAACUGAAGAAACUGAAGAAACUGAUUAUACAAAUUCUAGAUUGCAAUUAUUACUUUAUUUUGAGAAUAGAUUCUGGAAAAAAUUAAGAAAAGAUAUUCAAAAUGUAAUUAUUCCAACAUUGGCUUCUUCUAUCAUUUACAAACCAAUUUUCUGCAGAGAAGUAGUAGAGAUAUUUAACCACGUGACACGUUCCAUCGCAUAUAUGGACAGAGAACCUCAAUUAACCGCCCUUAGAGAAUGUGUUGUACAACUUUUCACUUGUCCGACAAAUGCAAAAAUGAUCUUUGGGGGAGAUGAGGGUUAUUUUAUUGAUAUUGUUUGGUCAAUUAUUGAUAUUUUCAUGGAGUUCACUAAAAUUGACAAUGGUACAUUGGUAUGGCAAAGAGUUCAAAAAUCAAAUCCUACUAAGAGUUAUGGGAUUUCAUUGAAACAAGGUCUAUACACCAUCGAGACUUUAAUUAGCAAAGUUGACGACGCAAACAUUUUAUUGAGACCAGCUGAAUUCAUAUCCAUUGUGACUCUUUGUAAAUUAUUCAAUGGUGCGUGGAAAAUUGUAAGAAAGGAAGGUGAACAUGUGUUACAUGAGGAUCAAUAUUUUAUCCCUUACCUAGAGUACACCACUUCGAUCUAUUCCAUUAUUCAAACAAUGGUAAAUGCAUUCGUCAAUGAGGGUUGCGACAGACACCUAUUAUUAAAUGCCAUUAGAUUAAUUAAUACAUUCUUAGGUUAUAAAUCGUUGACAUAUAAAUUAGUUCAUGGAAGUCAUGAGAUCAUCAAAUUUUCUGUGGCAUCAGACAGAGUGGCAUAUAUGAACCCAAUCCAUACCCUUUUCUCAUUCUUAAUUGAAAAUGUUCCUUUGGUGGAAGCUUAUGAAACAAUUAUCUAUCAAGAAUCUAAUUCUGCACUACCAGUACCUUCAAUACCAACUUCUGGAACAAAUAAUUCUAUGUUGCAAUUCAGGGAACAAUAUGAAGACAAGGUCUCCCAAAAUUUUGACUUCCUAAAGAUAUCUGAUUUUUCCUUAAGGUCAGUUGUAUUAUGCUCACAAAUUGAUGUUGGUUUCUGGGUACGUAACGGUAUGUCUGUGCUUCAUCAAACCUCGUAUUACAAAAACAAUCCAGAGUUGAACACUUAUUCUAGAGAUAUCCAUUUGAAUCAAUUAGCCUUUUUAUGGGAAAUUGACGAUACCCCUAGGGUCAUAUAUAACCUAUUGGAUAGAUGGAUGCUAUUAGACUGGUUCGAUGGUAAGGUUGAAUUUACAGAAACUGAGUACAAGGAUAAGAUCUCCUUAAUUGUCCAACAUUUCGUGGCUUUUAUCUACCAGAUAUUAACAGAAAGACAAUUUUUCCAAACAUUUGAGUCAGCCAACUGCAAGAAGAUGUCUCAAAUAAAGAAUGCAAUUAUGUACAACCUGUACACAAAACCAUUAUCAUAUUCGAAAUUAUUAAGGCUUGUACCCGAUUAUUUGACCGAAAACUCUACCUUAUUUGAUAUUGCAUUGAACGAAGUUUCCAUUUUUAAAGAACCAAAAGGUCUAGCUGAUAAUGGUGUGUUCAAAUUAAAAGAAAUUUAUUUCAGUAAAAUUGACCCACUUAGAGUGUCUAACCUAGGUAACGAAUUUGAGAGUAGUGCAACAAUAAUUAAGAAACAUUUGGAUAAAGAAAAGAAGGGAGAAGAAUCCAAAAUUAUUCUACAGCCACAAUUAGUGUCCCCUAAAAACAUGGACGAUGGAGCUAAAUUGUUAGGUUCAUUUACCAGACAUCCGGUAUUCGCAAAGAUUAUAUACAAAUUACUCCAGGUUUGUUUAGACUCAGAAGAUGGGAUCUUCUUGAACGAAUUACUUCAUCUGAUUCAUGGUAUCUUCAAAGAUGAUGAAUUAGUUAACGGAAAGUCUUCAUUCCCUGAUGCAUAUCUUUCCAAACCAAUUUGCAACCUAUUAUUGAGCAUUCUUAACUCCCGAACUGAUGUGUUUUCUGAAAAUAUAAGAACAAAAGCUGGUUAUCUACUAAAACGUAUGAUUACAAAGAGGCAAGAAGAGGUAUUUGCUUCUUUGAUUGCAGGAUUUGGUGAAGAGUAUGUACAAAAGUACAAAAAUAGAAAGUUAAGUGAAGGUGUAAAUCUUGAAGAGAAUGAAAGAGAAAGAAAGAAAAGAUUGGCAAAGAAACAUCAGGCAAAAAUAAUGGCGAAGUUUAAUAACCAACAGAACAAAUUUAUGAAAGAAAAUGAGGGUGAAUUUAAAGAACGUGAGAAGGAAGACCAAGUAGAUGAUGAGGGAGAUAUUAAUAUGCCUGAUAGUGAUAAAAUCAUAGAAGCAGAAGAUUUUACAUGUUCAUUAUGUCAAGAUGAAUCAUCCACUGAUAUAUUCGUUAUACCAUCCUAUCAUGAUUACACUCCAAUAUUUAGGGGAAGCAAAUUUUGGGAUGUUGAUGAAUAUAUGAAGGAAUGGAAUGGCUUUGAAAAUGAUAAUAGCGGAUUUAUAAGGGAGUCAGACGAUAAUGCAGACCAGAUAGCAAAUAGUACCUAUCCUACCAGAAAAGUUUUUGUUUCAUGUAAUCACCAUAUUCACUAUAAUUGUUUUAAGAGGUAUAUUCAAAAGAAAAGAUUUUCAUCAACAGCUUUUAUCUGCCCUCUUUGUCAGACAUUUUCAAACUCUGUUCUGGUUGUUCACCCUACUGUCAAAUACACAAAUGGGAUGAAUGUAUCGAUCGGAGAUGAUGCCGCAUGCUCUACACUAGGUAACAGUUUAGCUCCUCUCAAUGAACAAGAAAAAACGAAUCUUUUGGCCGCAUAUGAUACGAUACUUACUGAUACUCAGUAUUUUGACAAGCUGUUUCAUAAAUCCAAAUAUCGUAGUGUUGCGAAUACUGCUGAAAUUUUAACUAUCAAUUUUGCAAAUACAAUUUCAAUGCUUGAAAUAUCUGCGAGAUUAGACAAAGAUACAAAUAGCACAUUUUUGGUGGGUAAAGAGCAGCGGUUUAAAACAUUAAAAAACUUGUUAAUAUUCAUUGUCCAGAUCUACAAGACUGCGGGUGCCCCAGAUUUAGAACUAGAUUGGAUUAGUAGGUUACAUUCGGAUAAUUUCAUGGACGAAGACCCAGCCUGUAGAAAUGAAUUAUUCCAAAUUAUAGUAAAAAGUUGCUUGUUCAACAAACAAUCGUUAAGUGCUUGCAUUGAAGAGGCUCUAAGCCAAUAUUCCAGGACAUUUUUCAAGGAUUAUUUUGGGUGCCCUGAUGAAAUUGAGGACUUUUCCAAAAAAUGGAACCAUGUUGCUGCAACAUAUGAGACUCCAUAUGUUGUAAGUGGGAAUACGUCUACUUAUUUGGACCGUCUUAUUACUCUCUCUGAGGAGAGCUUUGAAGGUUACUCAAAAGUCGAUCUUGAACAUUUCAAGUCACUAGGAUAUGCAAAGUUUAUGAAACUAAUCCUUCCUACUUUGAGAAGAUGUUUUAUCUUCUUAAAAACUUUGCAAUUGGUUACUUCUGAAUAUGAGGAUAAUCAGUUCAUUGUCAAUAAUAUUAAUAUCGAAACAAGUCUAAUUCCUAAGGAUGGUUUAUCAUUAAAGGACACAGUUGACAGAAUGGUAUCAAUAUUGACGACAUGUGAAAAACUUGACGACCUAAUGGACGUCAAAAACCCUUCAGAACAACUAGAGAAUAAGUAUAAACAUGUGAGUGAUGAAUGUUGCAGUGUUAUCAAAUUAGUAAAUUUAUCGAAAUACUUGAAUACCUAUGUUACAGACACAAAUGCAAUCCUUUUGAAGGAAGAAAACAAACGUAGUCGAAAUUCCUCUAAUAGACUAGAUUUCAAGAUUUGCCUAACCUGUGGUGCUAAGAUUCAUUUGAGAACUGAUAGACAUGAAAUAUCGAAACAUCUGUCACAGAACUGUUUCAAGCCAUUUGGUGCGUUUUUGAUUCCAAAUUCUUCGGAGGUUUGCUUACAAUUAAGUCAACCUCCAUCUUCUAUUUACAUUUCAGCCCCAUAUUUGAACUCUCACGGGGAAGCUGGAAGAAAUGCAAUGAAACGAGGUGACUUGACUACACUAAAUCAAACAAGAUAUGAACAUCUGAAUAAGUUAUGGAUUAAUAAUGAAAUUCCAGGCUAUAUAAGUAGAGUAAUGGGAGAUGAAUUCAGAGUGAGUAUCUUAUCAAAUGGAUUUUUGUUUGCACUGAACCGUGACCCUGCAACAAGAAGAAGAGUACCACCUACCAACGAAGGGGAUGAUUCAGACGAAGAACAAUUUGGUGGAAAUGGAAAUGAUUUCUUUACUGAUGAAGACAUGGAUGAAGAUGAUCGUUUUAGAAAUAUGAACGGUCAACCUGGAGAUGUCAGAGACUUUUUCCAAAUCUUCCAAACAGUUAGAAAUGCAAUGGAUAAUGGCGAAAACGUUGGAGAAGAUGUUGAUUUAACAACACCAUUCUUACAACUAUUUGGUCAACAAUUUAGAGGUGCAGAUCCAAAUAACGAUAAUGACGGAAGUGAUGGGGAAGGACCGUUUCGUGAUAACAAUGAUGAUGAUGAUGAAGAUGAAGAUGCUGAUGAUGGAAAUGCUUGGUAA